GUAUUGACCAUUUUCACUGUCGUCUUAUAAGUAGAAAGUGCAAUUUGUGCGUGCAUUUGUAGGACUUGACUUGUACGGAUUUCGGGUGAAUUGUGAGGUUAUGACUAUGCAGGUUGAUGAGGUUUUGAGUGAGGAAACAAACUCCUUAAAAGAUCAACGUCAGGACGUAAUCAAAUCAACCGUGGGAGAUUUCGGAAGAUGGCAAUUGAAAAUUUCAGUUCUGAUGGCAUUGGUAAAGUUCCCUAUAGCGUGGUUUCAGAUGAGCAUCGUGUUUUUGGCACCACCGAUCACUUUUUGGUGUAAAAAGUCGACGAAUUGGUCGGACGACAGUCAACUUGGCUCUUGCCUCGUAAAUAAUUCAAAAUGUGACCAAUUUACUUAUGACAACUCCUCCAUGUUCACCACGACGAUCAUUACUGAAUGGGACUUGGUGUGUGAUAAGGAGAAACUGGUUGAUGUCUCACAAGUUUCGUUGAUGUUUGGUGUUCUUCUGGGCAACAUAAUAUUUGGGAUAUUGGCUGACAAAAAAGGGAGAAAAACCAUUCUGAUCCUAUGCCUCCUUAUGCAGUCAAUGUUUGGCGUUUUGGCAGCUUUUAGUCCGUUUUUUUGGCUGUUUUGCGCUUUAAGGUUCAUGCUUGCUUUGGCCAACGGAGGUACCAUGGUGACCUCAUUUGUUAUUUGUAUGGAAGUUGUUGGUGGUAAAUGGAGAACGAUCGUGCCCAUUUUGUAUCAAAUUCCAUUUGGGUUUGGAUACUCAUUGCUAUCUUUUUUUGCUUAUUUUAUACGUGAGUGGAGGUGCUUACACUUGACUUUAAGUGUGCUGUCUAUGACUUAUUUAGCUCUUUAUUGGUUCAUUCCAGAGUCCCCACGUUGGCUCCUGGCUGUGGGGAAGCACCAGGAAGCUCUAAUAAUCCUAGAAAAUGCCACCAGAGACACCAAAACUGAAUGCGAUAUUAACUUAAUCAUGACCAAUUUAUCAAACACUGCAUCCACAAGUAGUGGGAAGAGGAGUCUGAAAAUGUUGUUUUCACGUGAGGAGUUGAGGAGCCGAAGUCUCUUAUUAUCUGCCACCUGGUUCAUUGCUGGAGUCACUUUUUACGCGUUUAUCCAGCACGUCGGCCAUAUUGGUCAUAAUUUGUUCCUUACGGUAGCAGUUGGAGGAUUCGUUUCUUUACCAGGAACCCUCCUGUGCGUCCUAAUAAUAAACAAAUUCAGCAGAAGACAAACCAUUUGCUCUUCCUGCUUAGUGACAGCAUUAUCCUCCCUACUGAUUCUGGGCUUCCCGAAGGGGGAAUACCACCUGGAUUGGCCCAGAUUGCUGCUCUCCGGAGCAGGAAUCAUUGGACUUUCAAUUUCCAUACCUGCCAUGUAUCUCUUCACCGGUGAGUUGUACCCCACGAUAUUCCGGAACUCCGGGGUGGGAUUGGCGAUGAUGUUCAGUAGAUUGGGUUCUAUGGUGGCGCCCCUGUUGAUCUCUUUGCAAACCGCUUACGAGAUCCUGCCCUUGACGGUUAUUGGAGUUUUGGCGUUUCUUCAGGCCGUUUUGGUGCUGGUUUUACCAGAAAUGCAUGGGACAGAGGACUUUUGAGGAUCGAACUCAUUUGAUAUUUUUAUUGUAUUUUUCUAAUAUAUUAUUUGAAUUAAAACACUGAAUGAGUAGUA